GCAGAGGAGGAACUAACGCAACCUUGAACAGCGCUAGCUGGAAGUAAAGCUGCAGCCGCUUCCACCAGCGAGGAGGAGGUUAUUUCAAAGAGGAAUACAACGACAUUUGCAGAAGAUUCUUCUGGUUAAAGGAAAAACAUACCAAGUUCAGCAGACUUCUCUGCGGAAGGCCCAAAGAAUGAAAACUUGCAAUUGCUUGUCAUUUCUAAUGUGGACUUGUAUUUUUUACGAGAUUCCUACUUUACUAUCACCGAAGAGGACUAGCGUCUAUUUGCAAGCCAAAAGGAUAAUGGGGCUGGCUAAGGAUCAGGGGAAAGCCAUGCAUCGAACAAAGCGUGGAUGGAUGUGGAAUCAGUUUUUUUUAUUGGAGGAAUAUACUGGUCCAGAUACUCAAUAUGUGGGCAAGCUGCACACUGACCAAGAUAAAGGAGAUGGGAAUUUAAAAUACAUAUUAACAGGAGAUGGAGCUGGCAGCGUAUUCGUUAUAGAUGAAAACACAGGGGAUAUUCAUGCAGCAAAAAGGCUGGACAGAGAAGAAAGGUCUCUGUAUGUGUUACGUGCCAAGGCUAUAGAUCGGAAUACCGGAAGACAGGUGGAGCCAGAAUCGGAAUUUAUCAUUAAAAUCCAUGACAUCAAUGACAAUGAGCCCAAAUUCACCAAGAAUAUUUAUACAGCCAAUGUUCCUGAAAAGUCUGCCGUUGGCACUUCUGUCAUUCAAAUAACAGCGACUGAUGCUGAUGACUCGAACUAUGGCAACAGUGCCAAAAUUGUAUAUAGCAUCCUCCAGGGUCAACCAUAUUUCUCAGUGGAUCCAGACACAGGCAAUCCAAAGCAAAGUACUCAGACUCCCAUCUUCAUUCGGAUUUUGGACAUAAACGAUCAUGCCCCAGAGUUUGCCAAAUUAUAUGAAACUUUUGUUUGUGAGAAUGCAAAGGCAGGACAGCUGAUACAAACUGUUAGUGCUGUGGAUAAAGAUGAACCACCACGUGGACACAAAUUUUUUUUUGAACUAGUGCCAGAAUACACAGUCCAUCCAAACUUCUCUAUUGUGGAUAACAAAGAUAACACAGCAGGCGUGGUAACCAGACGGAAUGGAUACAGCCGCAGUAAAAUGAGCACCUACCUCCUGCCAGUAAUAAUAUUUGACAAUGACUACCCCAUCCAGAGUAGUACGGGCACACUGAGCAUCAGAGUGUGUGCCUGUGACAGCAGGGGAAACAUGCAGUCUUGUAAUGCUGAAGCUUUGCUCCUUCCGGCCGGCCUCAGCACAGGCGCCCUCAUUGCCAUUCUGCUCUGCAUUAUGAUUCUGUUGAUUUUGGUUGUGUUGUUUGCUGCAAUGAAGCGCCAGCGGAAAAAAGAGCCCUUGAUCAUUUCAAAAGAUGAUGUCCGAGACAACGUCGUCACCUAUAACGACGAAGGAGGUGGGGAGGAAGAUACCCAAGCCUUUGAUAUUGGCACGCUAAGGAACCCUGAAGCCAGAGAGGAAAGCAAAAUGAGAAGAGAUGUGAUGCCAGAAACUAUUUUCCAGAUAAGGAGGACAGCAUCUCUGUGGGAAAACAUUGAUAUUCAAGAUUUUAUCCAUCGCAGACUAAAGGAAAAUGACUUGGAUCCAACCGCACCUCCUUAUGACUCUUUGGCAACGUAUGCCUACGAAGGGAACGAUUCUCUGGCAAAUUCACUUAGUUCUUUGGAGUCACUUACUGCCGAUGGUGGAAAUCAAGACUAUGACUAUCUGAGUGACUGGGGGCCACGGUUUAAAAAAUUAGCAGAUAUGUACGGUGGAGAUGAGAGUGACCAGGACUAACCUCCUCCUUCAAGAUUUCUGAUGCAGCUCCAGCAUUCCUGUGCAUGAACAGGGACCUCCUCCCCUCCCCAUUUAUUUUUCUGAAUGAGGAGGCCGGGGAGGGGCCUUGCGAAGACACCCCCAUGAUACGCACAUGGAACAUUCCUUAUAACUAUCGAUGUCCUACAUGGAAGGCACACCUCAUUGAUAUUGGAGAUUCUUGCAACAUGGCCUGAAAAUAGUAUUUUGUGACUGGGUCCUUGCUGGUGAGAUCAAAGCCUCUGUAAUUAGAUUAAAGUGGCCUAUAUUCUCUUACUUGGAAAACAAACAAACAAACAAAACACAAGUGUAUGUUUUAGUAAAAGUUUGCUUAAUAUGUCAGUGUGAAUGAAAAUGACUGUUUUUUAAAAGAGAAGUAAUAUCUCAUCCUUUUUGUCUAAGAGGUUAGAAAGAGGAUAUUCAAUACAAUAUUAAUUGGUGGUGGGUGGGUAUAAUAGAUU